GAGCCCUCCCCCUCUGAACACGUCACGGGCGGGCUGGCUGGCUGGCUGGUAUCUGGUGGAGUGGUGUGUGCGGUCGGACUGUGGUUGUGUUUCAGCUCUGACCGUGUUGAUAACGAGACACUUCGGGCGCUUUUCCUCGCAGUGGACAUGGGAAUUCAGAAGACAUGGCUCUAAGACACACGGCCCUCCCGCUGCUGGCCCUGCUCGGGCUGGCGGCCGUCGGUGACGCUUUACACUGCAACUGCACGAACUGUAACGGGGGCGAGUGCAAGACAGAGGGAGCCUGCCUCGUUUCAACGUACAAGUCCGAUGGGAAAGACGUGCUCUUGCGUUACUGCAUCGACCCCGAGAAGAUGACCCCACCCAUCUACUGCAAGAGCUCCGAAGGCCACUUGAACGUCCACUGCUGCUUUGUAGAUUACUGCAACAGUAUCGACUUGAAAGUCCCAGACCCGACGACCCCUGAGGAGUGGGUGACCUCAGGGAGCUCCUGGGGGCCAGUGGAGCUGGUUGCGGUCAUAGCAGGGCCAGUGUUCCUGCUCUGUGUGCUGCUGAUGGUGGGAGUGUUCCUCUUCCAGUAUCACCAGAGAGCCUACAGCCACAGGCAGCGGCUGGAGGUGGAGGACCCCUCCUGCGACCACCUGUACCUGGCCAAGGACAAAACCCUGCAGGAUCUCAUCUAUGACAUGUCCACCUCGGGAUCCGGCUCUGGGCUGCCGCUGUUUGUGCAGCGGACGGUGGCCAGGACGAUCGUGCUGCAGGAGAUAAUAGGGAAGGGGCGUUUCGGAGAGGUGUGGCGAGGAAAGUGGCGAGGCGGAGACGUUGCCGUCAAGAUCUUCUCAUCCAGAGAGGAGCGCUCCUGGUUCAGAGAGGCCGAGAUCUACCAGACAAUCAUGCUUCGGCACGAAAACAUCCUGGGAUUUAUCGCAGCAGACAAUAAAGACAACGGCACAUGGACGCAGCUGUGGCUGGUGUCGGACUACCACGAGCACGGCUCUCUGUUUGACUACUUGAACCGCUACUCCGUCACCAUCGAGGGCAUGAUCAAGCUGGCGCUCUCGGCUGCAAGCGGCCUGGCACACCUCCACAUGGAGAUCCUCGGCACUCAGGGUAAGCCCGGCAUUGCUCACCGGGACCUCAAGUCUAAAAAUAUCCUGGUUAAGAAGAACGGCACUUGUGCUAUAGCUGACCUGGGCCUGGCCGUCCGCCACGAGUCCAUCACAGACACAAUCGAUAUAGCACCGAACCAGCGCGUGGGCACUAAGAGGUAUAUGGCUCCAGAAGUCUUAGAUGAAACCAUCAACAUGAAACAUUUUGAUUCCUUUAAGUGCGCUGACAUUUACGCCUUGGGCCUGGUGUACUGGGAGAUCGCGCGCCGCUGCAACACCGGAGGCAUACAUGAGGAGUACCAGCUGCCCUACUAUGACCUGGUGCCCUCUGAUCCGUCUAUAGAGGAGAUGAGGAAGGUGGUUUGUGACCAGAAGCUGAGGCCCAACGUUCCCAACUGGUGGCAGAGCUACGAGUCGCUGCGUGUGAUGGGGAAGAUCAUGCGGGAGUGCUGGUACGCCAACGGCGCGGCGCGACUGACGGCUCUGCGCAUCAAGAAGACUCUGUCUCAGCUCAGCGUGGAGGAGGACGUGAAGAUGUGAGCGGCCAAGCGAGGCGCGCCAGAGACGCACAACCCGACCACACUCCCAUAGGAAACAAACACUAAAGACAGACUGCGAAUGGAGAAAAACGACAACAACAAAAAAGAAAAAAAAAAACCCAACAACCCUGCCAGUUUUAAAGCCACACUCCAAGUUGUGACAAGGCCUACCUCACCUUUUUAGCCAAAACUACUGAAAGUCACCCAUCCCUCUCUUUCCUCCUUCCUCCUCCUCCUCCUAACCCACAGGCCACACUACAACACUACCACUGUUAAUAGCAUACACUCAACCUCCUUUCAUCUUCCAGGGCAGGAAUUACUGUACAGUAAUGUUUUUUUUUUUUCGUUUUCUUUUUACCCGUCAGGUUCAAGUGAUGGAUCUAAAAGUUUGCCAGAGGAGCUGCUUUUGUGGGUUUUAACUUUUCAGAAAUAACUCUCCGGCUGUUUUUUGGCAAUAUCUCACCGCCGCCGCCGUCGUGUGUGUGUGAGAGAGAGAGAGUGUGUGUGUGAGUGAGUGAGAGUGUGAAGGAGAGGACAGGGGCUGAAGUACUGUUUCUAUUUAUGCGUUUGUGUGUAAAAAGGUGGCUGGACGUCGAGCAUGUUUCCAAGUCGGCGCCUUCUUCAAAGCGGGCCGUAGUUCAUCGGACAAUUCAUUCAUUCAGAAAGAAAUCUGUCAUUUGAAGUGAAGCGUGAACAGCCAGAUUGUUUUCUAAUCUACCCCACCGGAAAAUGAUGCAAAAAGAAACCGCAGGUGAAACCAGAUGUUUGCAUUCGCCGUAGGAAAACGCAACAGUUUUUUUUUUUUUUUUGUCAGACACGCUAAACUCAUUUUCAUUUGCAAAAUCCUAGAAUAUUCCGAGUUUCUUCAGAUUUAAGAAACCCGGACGAUGAAGACGACGCCGCGGCUUUGAACGGCGUCGACACGCGGCUGUGCUUUAAGACCACACUUUAAACGCGAUGCUUCCUCGUGUGGCUUCUUUGGAAAUCCAAACAAAAUCAGUAAAGAUCCCAGGAAGAGAAACUGUGGACCUCCGCAUCUCCAUCUGUUUAAACAGUUCACAGGCAGGGAAGCGCAAUGCGAAUAUGUCCAGUUACAUCGUCAUCAGAGAUGACUGUUUUGGCCCCGGCUGUGCAAAUUGACCUCAGAACAAAGGUAAAGUACCUUGUGAAGAAGCGUCUUUUUUCCAAUGGGAAACAAUUCGGUUACCCAGAUCUGAGAGGGAGGAGCCGUCGUGUCAAGAUGAGCUGGCUUACAGUUUGUCAUUUCUCUCAGGUACUAAGUCUCUCCUGCGGGAGGGACUGGUGCACUUCACAAAAAAAAAAGAAAAAAAAAAGAUGCCGUCUUCCAAAUGGACAGUGAUCCUACCAUACCUCCAAAUUAGCCACAAAGUGGCAGCAGGCAAUGUUUUGGAGUGUUCAUCGUCAAACCCUGAUUUAAGCGUCCGGAGCUGAAAAUGUGUCGAACUUUCAGCGGCUUCGUCGGUUCCAAGAGGAGGAAAGAGCCGGACUUCCAGCGGACCGCUGUGGGAAGCCUGAGGAGAGACGCGCCGAACGUUUGGGAGCUCUGGGAUUAUUCUGGCGUUUAGCGGUCGCCGCUUUUGGUAAUCCCGAUUUUAAAACCAAGACAAAAACAGUUGCACGUCUUCCUACAGUCCACGUAAAUGUCUGGUUUAACCCGUGGUUGCACGCCGCCGUCGCUUCCCGGCGCCUGCAGGAAUCACAUUUAUUGGAUGCGGUCCAGCCCUGAAUUCAGUUUGGAGGGGGGAGGAAAAAAAAUAGUGGCAGGGAUUAUGUCUGGUGGGAUGGUUUUACCGUUUUAUUUAUUUGUUUAUAGCUGUUUUUUUUUUUUUCUUCUUCUUCUUUUUAAAAUUCAUGUUGAUGAACACUGUGAGAUGAGACGCGACAAACCAGAGUGUAGACGGCGAGGUUGAAGGGGUCAUUUCAUCAUUUGGAGUGACGCUCAGUGUGAGUGUGAAUGUAGCCGUUGACCCUGCAUGGCGGUGGCUUCGUGCGCUCUGAGAGGCCUGAUGAAAUGGCAAUGAACAUUUUGAAUUAUGUUUUCGUGUAAAGAGGUCAUAAUGGCUCUUCUUCUUUUGACAUUAGACACUACUGAUUAUGGGUACAUGUGAUUUAUUUGUAUAUAAAACGUGCAUUUUUCUUUUCUCCUCUAUAUGCCACAGCUCCAGUGUGACAUAAUGAUGCUGAUUUUUUUUUUUUUUUUUUUGAUUGGACGGUACUUUGACAGAUCUCUUGUUUUCAACCUGUCUGCAUGGAGGUCCAACUGUGCUAGCAAAUAUUAGCAAAUUGCUGGAGUUUAUGGUUGUUGUUGUUUUUUUGGUUUUUUUCCCGCUUGUUCCUUUCACGGCAGUCUGGUGGUACUACUGAUCCUUUGCUCCUCGCGCAUACCCGUUUCUACCCGGGGCGACGCCUCCAUCUCCUGCUCAUUUUGACACUGGAAUACUAAAGGACUUGGUGUUUAUCUUAAAUACUGCCACUGGCUCUUUUUUUUGUGUUUUUAAACCGGGAAAACGGACAAACUCGGCGGAUCACGUCAAACACAGCAGGGAGGACGCGGGGGAACCUUCGAGGGCUGACGUGCCGCAAGCGGGGAGCUGCAUGUUUUUCAUUCUACUUCUGCAGACAAGACUGUGAAAGUAUUACACUGAUAUCCGUCACCUAUGGGCUCUGCACUGUUAUGUCCACACGGCCGUUAGUUAAUGUCUGUCGAAGCCAUCACCUGAACCAUGUGUCCUGUCUCACGUCUGUUUUGCAUGCCGUUUCAAACACUGGGCCCUCUGCACUGAGGUCGAUUAUCCCCCUCUUCCUCCUACAGGUUGAUUUUCUUUAUUUAUUGAUUUUAUUAUUUUUUUUCUCCCUUGGGUCAUUGGCUGUGCACCCCAGAAAUGUUGCUGCUACUGUUUAACAUGGGUAGAAGUGUAGCGGAAAAAGAGAGAGAGAGAGAGAUAGGAAGUGGGAUGAUGAUGAUGAUGAUGAUGAUGUCAAGUUGAACCAAAAUUGUCAAAACACUCCUGUCCAUGUCUGGUGUGUUGCCAUGGGUAUUUGAUCAUCAUGUUCAUUGGUGAAAACUUCAAAAUUCAGUGAUGAUGUUGUGCUGAUCUUUUCUGAUUUAGUUCAAAAUGUACAUAGACAAUAUACAAUAAAAUCCUCCUUUUUCUUA